UUGGCCACCUGUGGCUCGGAGCCUCCCAGUUCCCGGCCAGGGCCACUCCGUCCUGGGGCUGGGCCCGGAGCCCGCUCGCUCCCCCCGCCCCCCCGCCGCCGGGCGCUUUGUUCGGGGCAGGCUCCCGCCGAGCUGAUUGAUGCCGCAGCGGCUCCGUCGGGGGCGGCCGCGGGCAGAGCUAGGAACAAAAGCCCUUUGUCCCGGGCCGGCCGGGCGGGGGCUGGGGCGCGGGCAGCCGGACCGGCCCCCGCGCGCUGGCUCCGAGGCUCGCCCUGAAUGAAGCGAGAGCGCCCGCCGCUGCCCCUCUCCGGACUCUGCCUCGCCUUCGUGCCCCAGCCCAGCUCCCGAGCCCAUUGUGCGAAGUGCCCGGAGUCCGGCGGCCGCCCUGACAUGCUGUGCCCCGCUCGGGCUCUGGCCCCGCUCCAGCUCCCAGCCGAGAGGGCGCCCCAAGGCACUGAGCCCUGCCAGCACUGGAAAGGAGAGACGUGCGACUGAAACUUGGCCCCGAAGGACUUCCCCGCCGGGCUGCCCCAAACCUAGGCGGGAGACGAGCCCCAGAGCUUGAAGCCAGUGGCCAGGAGGGGCCGCCUUCCGUGCGCUGCCAGCGAUGUGGGGCUCGGCCUUGGCGCUCUGGACUGCAGCCGGCAUGGUGUGCCUGCAGAAGGGCCGCCGAGCUCCGGGGCCCGUGCUUGGGGCCGCCUGCCUGUUCUCCAUGGCUUUCGGACUGGGAGAGAGUGGUGAAGAGAAUCGAUGUACCACCUCGAAUGCAGCAACGUGUACCAAGUGCCUGGCGCUGGGUCCAGAGUGUGGAUGGUGUGCCCAAGAGGAUUUCAUGGCUGGAGCGUCAGCGAGUGAACGUUGUGACAUUGUUUCCAACUUAAUAAGCAAAGGCUGCUUGUCCGAUUUUAUAGAAUCCCCUUCAGUUGGCGUGACGAUACCCAGUGGAAGUGAAGCAAACACUCAAGUCACCCCUGCAGAGGUGCUCGUCCAGCUGCGGCCAGGAGCUGAAGCGAGUUUUAUGAUGAAAGUCCAGCCUCUGCAGAAGUAUCCUGUGGACCUUUAUUAUCUCGUUGAUGUCUCUGCCUCCAUGCACAAUAACAUCGAGAAGCUCAACUCUGUCGGAAAUGAUUUAUCCCAGAAAAUGGCAUCUUUUUCCCAUGACUUUCGACUUGGAUUUGGAUCCUACGUGGAUAAAACCGUGUCUCCCUACAUCAGCAUCCACCCUGGCAGAAUCCACAACCAGUGCAGCGACUACAACCUAGACUGCAUGCCUCCUCACGGCUACAUUCACGUGCUGUCCCUGACAGAGAACAUCACCGAGUUCGAGCGAGCGGUGGACAGACAGAAAAUCUCCGGGAACAUCGAUACACCCGAAGGAGGUUUCGAUGCCAUGCUCCAGGCGGCCGUGUGCCAGAGUCAUAUUGGUUGGCGCAAGGAAGCUAAAAGGUUGCUUCUUGUGAUGACAGAUCAGACUUCUCACCUUGCCCUUGAUAGCAAACUUGCCGGGAUCGUGGUGCCCAACGAUGGAGAAUGCCACUUAAAAGACAACGUCUACGUCAAAUCCACCACCAUGGAGCACCCAUCGCUGGGACAACUUGCAGAAAAAUUAAUAGACAACAAUAUUAAUGUUAUAUUUGCAGUCCAAGGGAAGCAGUUUCAUUGGUACAAGGAUCUCCUGCCCCUCUUGCCUGGCACCGUGGCUGGCCAAAUUGAAUCAAAAGCAGCGAAUCUCAACAACCUGGUGGUGGAUGCCUAUCAGAAACUCGUUUCCGAAGUGAGAGUUCAGGUGGAGAAUCAGAUACAAGGAGUCCAUUUUGCCAUCACAGCCAUCUGUCCUGAUGGGAGCAGACAUACAGGGAUGGAAGGAUGCAGAAAUGUGACCAGCCGCGAUGAAGUUCUGUUCAAUGUCACCAUGACCAUGGAUGAAUGUGAUGGAGCUCGUGGGGGCAGCUAUGCCAUCAUCAAGCCCAUUGGUUUCAAUGAAAGUACUAAAGUCCACAUUUAUAGGAACUGUAGCUGCCAGUGUGAUGAUGGCAGAAGCCCCAAGCGGAAAUGCGUAGAUGAAAGUCUCUUAGGUCCUACCUGCUCCCAAUGCCAGGGGGACAAGUGUCAUUCUGAUGAAGCCAGAUUCCCUCUGGACAGUUGUAAGGCACAACAGAACCAGCCCGUCUGCAGCGGUCAAGGUGUUUGCAUAUGUGGGAAAUGUUUCUGCCACAAAACUAAACUUGGAAAAGUAUAUGGAAAAUACUGUGAAAUGGAUGACUUUUCCUGCCCAUAUCACCAUGGAAACCUUUGCGCUGGGCAUGGGGAAUGUGAAGCAGGGAGAUGCAAGUGCUUCCGUGGUUGGGAAGGAGACCGUUGCCAGUGUCCAUCCUCCUCUGCCCAACACUGCAUCAAUUCCAAGGGCCAGGUGUGCAGUGGAAGAGGAGCGUGUGUGUGCGGGAAGUGCGAAUGCACCGAUCCCCGGAUUGUUGGCCGUUUCUGUGAAUAUUGCCCCACCUGUGAUACAGCCUGCGAUGAAAACCGGAGUUGUGCCCAGUGCCACCAUUCUCAUAAUGUAACUCAAGUCAUACUUGAUCAAUGCAGAGCCUUGUGUCCUCCAAAGGCCCAUUAUGUUGACCAAAUACAAGCUGUCACCAUCUCAGCCCGGGGCAAAGCACAGGCGGUGCCAAGAAAGGCUCGAGACCCUCUCUGGGAGAUGCCUUGUUUUUAUGUCUCCCAGAGGAUCGAGCCUCGCGGUACCAAAGUCUGGGCUGGGCCAGAGAGGGGGAAUAUGGUUGCCAUGCCAACUCUCUGUGGGGAUUGCCACACAAGACGAGAGGAGCAUUUCAUGAGAUCCCACUCUAGGGAGCAGGGCACGCUUGUCUUCCCUGAUGGGAUGCUAGACAGACGACACAUAAUAAAUGAUCGAGGAUCGAUUGAUCUGAUUCCAUCGGCAUGUGGCCAACAAACUGUUUGA